CUCGUUCACGAAAAGCGAAGAUGGUUUUCCCUGACAAGCUGAAAAGACUUUUUAUACAAGCAUAUCUCCUAGAGCGCUUUUCCACGGAAGAAGACGUUCUUAAUGUCUACCAAAGAGUCUGCGAAACUCUCGGACGACCGUAUGCCCGUGAGGACCUGUCAAGCUUCAUAUCAAAUAUGAAUCAAACAUUGGAUACAGUUGAUAUGGAGUUACGGAAGGGACAUGCGCCGCAAGACGGGACAACCUAUUAUGCCCUCGUCAACACCAAUGGCGACGAGGUGGCACAAAUGGCUACCGAAUGCACACCGACAGAGAUUACUUACUUCAAGCAUCUGAUUGAGAUCAUUGUACAUGCGGACGACGAUGUGUAUGAGCUUUCCUCAACCGUGGCCUUGUCGGAGGCGACAAGAAUAAAACCUGCAAUGACAAAGAGAGAUGCGGAAGCAUUUAUCGAUCGCAUGAUCAAGAAUAAGUGGCUGGUGGACAGGGAUGGAUUGAUAUCAAUGAGUCUACGAACAAUUCUGGAACUUCAAACGUAUCUGAAAGACCAGUAUCCUGAUAGAAUACAUGAGUGCACAUUGUGCAUGGAGAUCGUAACGACGGAUUACGAGCGAUGUAACGUUGCAAACUGCCAGACUCGGCUUCAUUCGCAUUGCAGCAGACAAUAUUUUUCGAGGAGAAAUCAGAAUGUUUGCCCAUCUUGCCAAAGCGAGUGGAGAGGUAUUCUGCUCGGAACUGGCGAGCAUCGGACAGGGAACACGGGGCGACGAACCUCGCGUAGAGUUUCUGCGAGCCAGUCAACAUUGAGUCUUCAAUGUGAUGAGGAAGAGGAGCAGGAGGACGAUGAGAAUGUAGACAUGAAUGGGACGGCUAAUGACAGCCCAGACGACAUGGUGGUAGAUCGACCGUUACGUCGAACAAGGGAUCGAGAUGCAAUUCCCACAAGUGCAGGUAGUUCUCGGAAAAGACCGAGAAGACCUUUAUAGAAAUAAAUUCCUGGAUGCUAUCAUUACAAGCGCCAUCGUCCGGAUACCGAAGCAGGUUGGGAUCUGAAGAGCACAAG